AUGUCGUCUGCUGUAGCAGAACUGGACAAUUAUCUCCAGUCUAUGCUUGCCCUUAAGCCUCCUGGUGUCUCAGGAUCUAAGAUCAACAGUAUAACGUCGCUUUGCACCGCAAACGUUCAGAAUGAAUCCGUUCUUAUCCAGAAGAUCUAUACACACUUCAAGAAGGCUCCGGGAACACACAAGUUGGGCGUACUCUAUGUCGUAGACUCUGUAACUCGACAGUGGGUAGAAGCAGCGCGCAAGGCAGGUCAGCCAUCUGGUAGUGCCGCUCCUGAUGGAACCUUCGCCGCUGGUGUUAACAGAGUGUCCGAAUUACUACCUGUCUUGAUGACUGAUAUCAUAAACAACGCUCCUGAGGAUCAAAAGGAAAAAAUCAGGAAGCUGGUUGAUAUUUGGGAGCGUGGAUAUACUUUCCCCGCCCCCAUGCUUGCCUCAUUCAAAGAAAAACUAAACGCACCCGCAGCACACAAUGUUGAGUCCACUACACCUGAGGGUUCCCCAGCCCCAACUUACAUUCCUCUUGGGGGUCCUCAGCAGUCGCAGCUACUGCCGCCAUCUAAUGGCGCAACCUCGACGAUUCCUCAAUCGGUGCCAGAUACCUCUAGUAUAUUGAAAGCCCUCGCUGAUAUGGCCAAACAAAACACAGCGGCUCCCCCAGCGUCAGCAGCACCAGCAGUAGCACCGCAGUCUAAUCCCCUUGGUACUUUAACACAGCAGAGUGCAGCUCCGCAGCCAGUGUCGUCAUCCGUAGACCAGGCGUCACAAUCCCAGAAUGGGCAGGCUAGCGUAAACCCGUUUACUGCUGGGGCUAUGGCGACACCUUUCGCGGCCUUGAGUAAUGUCGCUCAAAACACGGCAUUGGUACAACCGCAAAGCCAGAGUCAGACCCCAAAUCCAUUGACUGCGACACAGAAUCCACUGGCUGCGCUACUGCCACAGGCUACUACAGCCCCAGCCCACCCCACUCCCGCUGUUGCGACCGAUGCGCUGCAACAGCAACUCCAGCUCUUACAGCUCCUGGCCGCACAGGGAAUUCCACAAGACCAGUGGGCCACCGCUCUGCAGAUCCUUAGUCUGUCUAAUGCCGCUAACAUGGGCAACAUGAAUCCUACCCAGGCUGCUGGCUUUAACUUGCCAGGUCAAAAUGUCAAUGCCUGGGGCCGUCCCGAUUCCCAAUCACGUGAGUUCGACCGGGACCGUGAACGGGAUCGUGACUAUAUGCGCUCACCUCCAGGCCAGUAUCGUCGCCGUUCCCGGUCGCCAGGCUGGGAUAGACGUCGCGAUGUGUCUCCUCCUCGUCGCCGUGAUAGUCCUGUCUACGGUGAGUACCAUGGUGACUCUCCCGGUCGCAGGGGUGGUGAUCCCCGCGGCCGGCGUGGGAAUGAUUAUCGUCAGCGCAGCCCUCCUGGGCGUAGACGUCGUACUCCGUCUCCUCCUCGUAAGGACCCUACUCUGCCACCUCCCGGGCCCAAAUUUAUCGAGUGGGAUUACUCCAUCGGCCAAGGCAAUAUUAAAGUUUUGAGUCGAACCCUCUUCGUUGGCGGUGUAACGUCAUCGGAGGCGCACUUGCGCUCUCUAUUUGGCAAAUUUGGCAUCGUCCAGACUUGCAUUGUCAAUAUAGAUAAACGUCAUGCUUUCAUCAAGAUGAUCAGCCGCCAGGAUGCUGUGCAUGCCCGUGAAGGUAUGGAAUCCUAUAAGUCUGGAGACAUGCAACUUAGAACUCGAUGGGGUGUCGGAUUCGGACCGCGUGACUGUAGCGACUACCAGACAGGCAUUAGUAUAAUUCCGGUUGAACGACUUACGGAGGCAGAUCGGAAAUGGAUGCUCACAGCUGAAUAUGGUGGGACCGGAGGCAGACCCAUCGAGAGUGGUAUGGUCGUUGAAGAGCCAGAUAUCGAGAUCGGUGCUGGAGUCUCAUCUAAAGCUAUCAGCAGGCGGAUUGCAACAGACACCGGGGGCAAACGGGGUCCUAUCUCAUCCCGCACUCAGCAGGACCGCUUCCCCCGACCAGACCGGGACGGACCGUCGGCUAGAAUGGGCCCUGGCGGUGGCCAACCCGAUCGAGAUAUCGCCAAUGCAAACAAUGUCGGCGUUCCUCCUGCUGUGCCCGGCUUUGGCUUUUCCUUUCCAGGUAUGCCCAUGUUCCCUCCAGGGUUCAUGAUGGGAGGAGCACAAGCAGGAACAUCUAGCGGGUCAUCACAGCCCCCACCCCCGGGCCAAGGGGGCAACUAA